CUAUUUUUACUGUAUUAGCUAAUCUGUUGAAACAGCUUAACAUGGGUACUGAAGCAUCCUCAGCACUCAGACAGCCUCAGCUGGCAGUGAUGUGCAGUGCCAGCAGAGCAGCUGGUUCUGCAGGGAAAACAGCCACAGCCUGAGCCACAGAAAUGAAGUGCUUCUUUCAGUCCUGAAUGUGUUACGCCCCUGAGCAAAAUUGUGGCAGAGACUUUUUUCACAUUUCACCUUCCUGCAUGCCCUCCAUCCUCCUUUUACACCCCUCAUCUACCAUCUGUCCUUUUGUGUCUUACCAUCAUGAUGACCAUGACACACUGCCAGGGUGCUACGGUGUGUGCCACCACCCUUCGGGUUUGUGCAGGGGAAGCAGGGAGCUGAUCCAGAGCCACAGCAUGAGCUAAGGUGCUAUUUAAACAAAGGAACCAGGUGGCUGCUCUGUGGUCCCUCUGGAGCCUUGUGCCAGUUGUGACCCCCCCCUCACCUAAAUGACUUUUCCAGCUGCCUGUAGCUCAGAUUGCCACUACGGAGUGAUCUGGUGAUAAGAGAGUUAUGGCUGAAGCAUAGAAAGAGGUGAAUGUGAUGUCUAGCCUGCAUUUGACUUGUGUCCUUUCAUUGCCUUCUUGAGCUAAAGGUGUAGCGAGAGGUGUAGCAAGUGCAAUGGCUGCUUACUCAUGCCAGGAACCUCAUUAUUUUCUUAAGUUUUAUCACAAAAAAACCCCAAAACCAAAUGAGUCAGUCACAUCAGGGAAAGGUUUAAACUGCUGUGAGGUAAAGGAUUUCAUCUGGUGUUGUACUCAAUGAAUGCAACUCUCACAGGCAGGCCUCCCAAAGGGACCUGACCUUUUACAUUGUCCAUCCCUUGCUUCGCAACCUCUAAGACAGGGGCUGCCCUUGCUUUCUGGAGGUCACCAUUUGGGCUCCUCAGUACUGGUAUGAGCUUUUCUACAGCUGCACGAAGCACCCCAGAGGUUUUUCCUGGCAGGGUGCGCAGAGCCUGUUAAAAUACCAUAGCCAGGAAAGUGUUUCAAAGGAUCCUGCUGGAAAUGUUAGGAGAUGCGAAUCUUCCACAUCCCAUAUAACAGCCAAGCCGCUCAGUCACAACUACUUGGAAUACACAGUAAUUUCCUGUGUUUUUUCAAUCUCACUUAAACUUCUCUGACAGAUGGGGAAAGAUGACUAAACCAAGGGAGUUUACAAAAGUUCGUCUUGUGGUGUUUGCAAACUGUCUCUGUGAGGUCCAUUUUCUCUAAUGUAAACACAGCCGUGGCUGGGUGCCGAGUGCCUUUGCAGCAGCUAAUCCUGCUCAGCUUAAGGCUGCACAAACGAGGAGUACCCAGCCAACCAGUCCACUCUGGGGGCUGAACAUGAACCAGCCCUGGGGCUGAGGUGUGUUAGGAGGAGACCUUCAUUUUCUGGACUCCAAACAACAUGAAGCAAAGCAGCUGUGGCUCUAAGACCAGACUAAGUUUACUAUGCUGGGUCAGAGGCCUUCCAAGGGGCCUUGGGUCAGGUGUGGAAGGUUAGAUAAAACUCCAGGGUAAUAAUCAUGUGAAAGCAAUUGCCUUUGGAGCUGUAGUUGGCCUAUUGUUGUUCUUCCUAGUCUUUAAAUCACUGCCAGGAAGGGAGUGCACCUGGGGGAAAGUGGAGUUUCAGUUCCUUGGCUUUGCAGAAGUGGUGCAGAGUAUGCAAAGCUUUUUCACCAGCUCCAGCUGAAAGGCCGGGAAGGGAGGCGGCCGGUGGGAGCAGCUCCGUGCCGAUGCUGCUGCCGGCCUGGGAGCUGUGCCUCUACGGGCUCCUGACCGUGGGCUCCCACCUCUACGCUUUCUACGAAGCGCACCAAGUGUCUCGAAAGUAUGAAGCUGCAAUGGACAGGAGGUUUGGGCUGGACCCAGGAACUCUCUUUCGAGGGCUAAAAAAGGACCCCAUGGACUUUGAGUGGAGCUACUGGAUUGAAUGGGGAAGGGAACGUAUACUUUGGCUUCUGGCUGGUCACCUGCUGGUAUCACAAGUGUCCAGGCUCUUGGUGGAGAAGUAUAAACCAUGGUGCUUGAUGGUUUAUGGAAUGGCUGCCUGCUGGUUGUUACUGGGAAUCAAGGGCUUUGCUGUCAUUUUGUUACAUGCAGCUAUUUCCUUUGCUGUGGCUCAAUUUCAGCUGUCACUCCUGACAUGGUUGUGCUCCCUUAUCCUUCUGUCCACUUUACGCAUACCAGCCGUGGAAGAAACCAAGAGAAAAUGGUAUGACACUGAAAAUGAAUAUUAUCUGCUGCUCUUCACUGUGUCUGUCCGCUGCCUCUUCUGCACUAGCUUCAGCCUGGAGUACUGCUGGCAUGGACCUGCCCAGAAGGCAUCCCACUCAUUCCCCUGGAUGCUGGCUUAUGUGUUUUACUAUCCUACAUUCCACAAUGGACCCCUCGUGAAUUUUGAUGAAUUCAGUAAGCAGAUGAGGAGACAAGAAGCUUUCAGUGUGAAGACCAAUCUCAGCAUCUUAAUUGUGGGCAUAAUUCGUAUUUUCUUUUGGUGGUGCCUGGCUGAGCUGAUGAUUCACCUCAUGUAUAUCCAUGCUCUCUACAGUAGUGCUCUGCCUUUGGAAACUGCAUCUUACUGGGCCUUGGGUGGCCUGGCUUUAGCUCAAGUACUUUUUUUUUAUGUGAAGUAUCUGGUUCUGUAUGGGGUUCCUGGCCUCCUCCUUCAAAUGGAUGGACUCAAACCUCCAGCUCUGCCUUGCUGUGUGAGCCUGAUGCACAGUUUCACUAAAAUGUGGAGAAGUUUUGAUGUCGGGCUGCAUCGCUUUCUGGUCAGGUACAUUUAUGUUCCAAUGGGAGGAUCUCAGUCCAGUUUGCUUGGAACACUAUUAUCUACAGCCCUCACUUUUGCUUUUGUAAGCUACUGGCAUGGAGGACAGAGUUAUUUGUGGUACUGGGGUGCAUUUAAUUGGCUUGGAGUAAUCGUGGAGAAUGGCACCAAGAGGAUACUUUCAAUUUCACUUAUUCAAGAUUUAAUUGAACGUUUCUUCUCGCCAAGAUUUCGUCGUCGACUUCAUGCUGUCCUAGCAUCUGUUAGCACUUCAAUGCUGAUUUUAUCAAAUCUAAUAUUUCUUGGAGGAAAUCAAGUUGGAAAAAUCUACUGGAACAGGAUCUUUAUGGAAGGCUGGCCAUGGGCGACACUGACUGUUCAUGGGUUCCUGUACUGCUAUUCUCAUGUUGGAAUUGAAUGGGAGCAGAAGCGUGCUGCACAUUAGGAAUGAUGCACACAAUUAUUCUUAAGGCAGGUUGAUGGUUUUUCUACACUGGAUAUUCUAUCUGCACAAGGGUGAGCCAGACCCAAUCUUCAGUCUGUGUGUUUAAUCCAAAAGCUCAUUUAAUUGGUUCUGGAUUGCAAAUGCAGGCAUUGAACUGCAGAAGCACUGAUGGUCUGCAGCAGGGGGUGGGGAGAAAUGAUGAAGCAUUUUGAAUUAUGUUGUUUUUGUAAAACAGCAUCUUUGUGACUCUGUGUACUUCAGAAGUGUGCAUCUCAGAACAGGUAUUUUACAUAUGUCGAGGGUUGUUUUCGUGUUUUGCUGCCCAUUUUGAGAUAUUGAAAAAAAAAAUCUACCUUGGGGAAUUCAAAAAGCCCAGUCUCUCACAGAUGGUGUCCAGGGGCAUGUAGGGCUGUGCCCUGCACUUACACUACUCCAUGAAGGGCAUGAUGCUCAUCAGUUCUUCUUGACUGCUUUCCCAUAUAAGCUAGAACACUUUGUGUUUUCACUGACUGGAGUAGUUCUGCCUUAAGCUACUUUUCCACUUACUGUAGCAAAGCCUGCGUUUUCUUUUUAAUGUCUUCUUUUAAAAUUUUGCCUUUAAAAUAACACCUUUUUUGUAACCUUAGAAAUGGUUUUCUUUAAAAAGACAGAGUAAGGAGGAAGAUCUUUUCCUAAGGAACAGCUUUCCUUUUAAAUCAAAUCUGCUCUUAAAGCUCCUUGGACUUUAAGUGCUCUCUGCCUUGUCUUAGAGCUAAAGCAUUAAACAGUACCUUUAUUUUGGGGCCUUCAAACUGUUCAGUCUGCCUCUAGUAUUAUUCUGUGACAAAGGGAGAUAUCUCCAGUCUGGUUUAAUGGUAAAUCUGUUCAGUCUGCUUCAUUUUCUGGUGUCCAAGCAAUCAGCUCCUGCAAUUAUUGCAGACACCCUGGGAGGAACUUUUUAAGACCUUUAGAAAAAACCAGAAUUGUCCAAUACAGUGGCACUGAUGAGCUGGGAGCUCCAUGUCCUUUGGCCACAUAGACCUGCUACAGCAGCAUCUUUGCCCAAAGACUGUGUUGUCCAGAGCUGGGAAGGUCAUGCCUGCAGCUGUCCAGGUUGCAGGAGUGCUUUGACACACACUGUUUUUUAAGGGGAGACCCUUCCCCUGUCUGAUUCUAUGGGUGUCUUCUACACUGUUCUGUUUUAAACUGAUACUGAAGAGCAGCCAGAAGACCUUUAGUCUUUCUAAAGUUAGACAUUCCCCCUAGGCAUGGUCAAAAGGCCACAAGUUCUGGAGUAAACUUCUUCCAAAAGCAGCUUCCUCCACCCAAAGCAUGUCAAAACUUGUUCCAUGCCCCUGGCAGACAUUUCAGCCUGUUGGGAAUUAGUGUCCUACUGUCCAUCACUCCUGCAGCUUCAGCCAAGUCUGGUAUAAUUUAUCCCUUCAACAAGAAAUUCAGUACCUGAGACAGGCUUCUGCUUAUUGUCUGCAUUUCUGAUGUCUCUGCUGCUCACAACUAUGGCAGCCUUCUUAUUACCCUCCAUUUAUUCCUGAAGAAACAAGGGCAGAGGCUUCAGCUCUCCAUCCAUCCAGAGAAAAGCCCAUCUCUUGCUGUUUCAAAGCAGAAGCUCCAGCCUUUUGUGUUACAAGUCCCCCAGCUCCCCCGCCAUGGGAAUGCCAUGAUUUCCCCUGGAAGCCAUUUCUGGGAGACACCAUGGCCUGUUGAAAAUAACUUACCUUGAAUGCUGCCUGGCCAAAGACAUGGCUCUCCUGACUGACUGGAUGAUGAUUGCAGGGAUUCUCUCAGUCAUAGAGUAUAUGGUUCUAAGCCUCUGAAUUUUCUAGAAGGAUCCGAAGAUUGGCCUCCAUUUUGGGGCAGCACUGACCUAAGGGCAAGAACUUUCUCAGACUUUGCUCAAAUUUUAUAAUUCAGUAGAAUUAGCAUUAGAGCAAAAAGUCAUGAAUCUGUUCUUCAGUCUCAUUGAUUACCAUUAUUACAUGAACCGAGGUGCUACUGAGUGACUGGAUUCCAAUUUGUAUGCAUGAAAAACUUCCAGCUCCAAUAUGGAAAUGACCCUGAAGGUCAUCUAGAGCAUGCUUAUUUCUGAACUAAAAUUGUUUUCUAUUUUUUUUUUCAGUGCUUUAUAUAUCUUUCAUAAUUUUGUAUCUUUUUCUGUUUCUAUAAAUAAAGCUGAAAUGCACUGU